CUUCCUGUCGGAGUGGCUGCGCUGCCAGGGCUUUGCUGUGUGGGUGGGAUGCUACGCUGUGAUUGGAUACUGGCUGCGGCGAGGUGUUUCCUGAUUGGCUGCUGAGCGGCUGGGCAGACUGAUGUUGGCCAAAGGGACUAAGAGGAAGCGCUCGGAGGUGGACGAUGGGGAGAGCGUCGGCCCACAAGCCGUCUCUGCUGGCGGGGGCCCGAGCUCGCUGCCGGCGGUGCAGUCCCACUGCUUGAUGAACAUCUCUUUGGUGAAGCUUCACCGGAGCCUCCGCCACGUGGAGCCCAACCUGCGGCAUCUCGUGCUCGUGGCCAAUACCCUCCGCCGUCUUCAGGAGGAGCCCUCGGCGUCGGGGGCGUGGAGGGUCUCGGACGACCUCCCGAGGAGGGACCACCCCCAGGGGGUCGGCAGCGAGGGCAAGAAGCCGGAGAGCGUCGGGGAAGAUCCCCUGCUCUCCAGCAUGGACGCCUCCUUGUACUCCUCCAUCUCCACCAUCCUGGAGGACCUGAACCACUUCGAGGGUCUCAGCAGCUCCCCCCUUCCGCUGAUGGAGGACGACCAGCUUUGCUCUGUCAGAGAGGGCGGUCGGGACGACUCGGGGGGGCGGCUGACGGCCCCGGCGAACUUCCUGGCGUCCUCCACCUACCUGCUGGGGGACAACCUGGAGGACAUCUUCGAAGACAUAGACACUUCCAUGUACGACAGCGAGCCGUGGCCCAGCGCAAGCCUUCUAAACUUCAAAGCCUUCUCCAACGCGGACGAUCCGGGGGACAAGCCGCCGGCCGACGGCCCCGGGGCCGUGCUGGAACUCAGCGACCUGGACUACCUAAUGGACGUCUUGGUGGGAGCCCAGAACUGCUGAGCGGCCUCCCCGCGGAACGAGACGCUGCUGUAAAUAACGGCCGCUUUCUUUUUUAUUUUUAUUUUUAAUUUAUUUCGAGCGGAUUAACUCAAUGGUUGCCUUUUGGGGAGGAAAAAAAAAAUGGGAAAACAUUUUUUUUCUUACAACCCGAAGGAUGCGAGUACCAGAAAAAAAAAAAA